UGUCCAUGGCGGAUAGGGGAAUUACUGCCAUCCAGGAAUUAUUAAUACCAGGAUUCAUUUGCCCUACCCUAGCCUAGCCUAGCCUAGCGUUCUUAUCCGCGACGCAACCUUCUUGGCAGUUUCCCCCAAUUGAGUCACCACUCCAUCCACCAUCCUAUUUAUUCCCUCCGCCAUUGAAAACCAAUUAUUGUUGAUACUUUUUUCCAUUUGACUGCGCCUUAUGGCCUCUACUGACUUCGGCCUGCAGAGAGAGAAAGUUCUUAUGAAAACCGCUGCUAAUCAGUCGCGAAUGAAUCAAGCCAGCAUUAAGCGCAGAGUCGGGAAGUAUGAGAUUGGUCGGACCCUCGGCGAAGGAGCAUUUGCCAAAGUUAAAUUUGCAAGAAAUUUAGAGACUGGUGAGCCCGUUGCUCUCAAAAUUCUUGACAAGGAAAAGGUCGUGAAACACAAGAUGGCCGAGCAGAUUAAACGGGAGAUUGCGACAAUGAAGCUGAUCAAGCAUCCCAACGUAGUUCGCUUAUAUGAGGUGAUGGCGAGCAAGACGAAGAUAUUUAUUGCAAUGGAGUAUGUCACCGGCGGCGAACUCUUCGACAAAAUAGUAAAGAAUGGAAGGAUGCGCGAAGAUGAAGCUAGAAAAUAUUUCCAGCAACUCAUUAACGCUGUCGAUUAUUGCCAUAGUCGGGGGGUUUUCCAUCGCGAUUUGAAGCCGGAAAACUUACUGCUCGACGCUGCUGGAAACCUUAAAGUAUCCGACUUUGGACUAAGCGCCCUGUCCCAGCAAGUCAGGGAUGAUGGUUUGCUUCAUACUACAUGUGGAACUCCAAAUUACGUCGCUCCUGAGGCCCUCCACGAUCGAGGCUAUAAUGGAGCAACUGCAGACCUGUGGUCGUGUGGAGUCAUACUCUUUGUCCUGCUCGCCGGUUACUUGCCUUUUGAUGAUUCGAAUCUUCUGAAUCUAUACAAAAAAAUAUCGUGUGCGGCGUUUACUUGCCCACGUUGGUUCUCAUUCGGCGCCGUAAAAUUGAUUACUCGAAUCCUGUAUCCGAAUCCUAACAAACGUAUUACCGUUGCUGAAUUGCUGGAAAACGAAUGGUUUAAAAAGGAUUAUGAACCUCCAAUAUUCGACGAGAGAGAAGAUACAAAUCUCGACGAUGUGGAAGCUGCAUUCAGAGAUUCCGAGGAACAUCUUGUGAGGGAGAGAACUGAGCAGCCGACUGCAAUGAACGCCUUUGAGCUAAUUUCAAUGUCGAAAGGUCUCAAUCUCGGGAAUCUAUUCGAUGUCGAACAGGGAUUCAAGAGAGAGACGAGGUUCACAUCUAAAUCUUCGGCUAUCGACAUCAUUAAUAAAAUCGAAGCAGCGGCGAAACCCCUCGGAUUCAAUGUCGACAAGAAGAACUAUAAGAUGAGGCUUCAAAACUUGAAAGCUGGAAGAAAAGGCAAUCUUAAUGUUGCCACAGAGGUCUUUCAAGUCGCGCCAUGCUUGCAUAUGGUGAAGGUUCGGAAGGCGAAAGGUGACACCUUGGAGUUCUACAAGUUCUAUAAAAACCUUUCGACCUGCCUAGACGAUGUGGUCUGGAAAACAGAAGACGACAUGCCGGGCCCAAAGCAGGGGUGAGCUUGCAGUCCAGUCCAGUCCAGUCGAGUACUCGGUCCGAUGGGUUUUUUUGUGUCCCCCAAUGGACCUGCAGGUUAGCUUGAAAAAUGAUAAUUGCUGCAUUUCAGCAGAUUUCUGGCUCUGUGAAAUUCAACAGACGUUGCAGAAGUAUAUGAAACAUGCAGGCCAUUACAUUACAAAUUGGUCUGAAAACAAGAGUUAUGCAUGGAUGGAUGGAUGAAUGAAUGAAUAAUGUUGAUCAAAAUGUUAGAUGCGUCAA